AUGGCCGAAGAAGUAGGGCCGACUACCAAUGCGGCGGAUCAGGAGAAGGCCAGCGGCCUUAGAGAUGCUGGGGCCGGACCUGUCGGAGCCGCGUCUGCCGAUGCCAAGGUGCUGGAGCGCUUCCAGGCCUGUGAUGUGGCCAGUGGCGUCUUCAAGUACGUGCAGGUGCAUGCCAUAGCGCCAGAUGGAACUCGCAAGGUUAUCGUCCGCUCAGCUCCGGGCUCCUACCACGCGGACGUGGCGGAGCUUCUCUGCCAGGCCUUGCGAGACAAGGGUUUGCAGUACGAGAUUCCGGGUGGAGGCCGAAUCCGGCGUGAUGAUGAGGCCAAAGAGAUUGAGAUCUACGGGCACAGCAAGGGCUUUGGGAUGCCCGAUCACUCCAUCUCUGCGGCCAUCUGUCGCGCGAGUUUCCCGGAUUACAAGGCCCAGUUGCACAUCUAA